AUGCUGCUCAACUACAGCUUCACUAUCGAGUACAUCAAUACAAAGGAUUUCGGCCAAGUGGACGCUCUUUCACGCCACGUCUCGUCACAAUCAUCGAUACCAGAGGACUACGUAAUCGCCUCAAUAGAUGCUGAUGUCACUUCUGAGUUCUCAGAGAACUGUCGUCAUCUUCCAGUAUCCACCGAAUCCAUUCGGACUGCUACGCAAGCCAAUCGUCUUAUCCAGCUUGUGAUCAACUAUACGAAGUCCGGAAACUGGCCCAAGGUCAACUGCCAUUCUCCUCUGUGGCCCUACUACAAUCGUAGAAAUACCAUGACAGUCAAAGGAUGUCUGCUCACUGCAUCCCGCAUAGUAAUUCCAAAAUCACUUCGACAUCGUGUUCUUUCAGCACUACACAAAACUCAUCCAGGCCAAACAAGGAUGAAAAUGCUUGCAAGAAGCAACUUGUUGAUAGUCGAAUUUAAGCAACAGCCAAGAUUGUUAACAAAAUUUCUUACGGCUAACGUUUCGGCGUUGUCGCCUUCUUCAGAGCCUCAGUAG